AUGGAUAACAUGAAAUCUGAGCCCAUUGCCAUUAUUGGCAUGAGCUGCCGCUUUCCAGGAGAUGCAGAUACACCACAAGGAUUUUGGGAUCUCUUGUCCCGGGGCGAAUCGGCGUGGGGAAAGGUUCCCAAGGACAGAUUUAACGUCGACAACUAUUACCACCCUUCUCCCGAGCGCGCAGGUGCUAUUACCGCCACAUCGGGAUUUUUCGUAAAAGAGGAUGUGUCCAAGUAUGACGCCUCGUUCUUCUCAAUGACAUCGGCUGAAGCUGCUGGUACUGAUCCCCAGCAACGUAUCCUUCUAGAGGUAACGUACGAGGCUUUCGAAAAUGCGGGAAUUAGUCUGAAGGCAAUCGCCGGCACCGCUUCAUCUUGCUACAUCGGUGCAUUUGGGAAUGAUUAUCAGACAACCUCAACUGGACAAAUAUAUGAUACAUCCAUCUACCAGGCUACGGGAAUUGGAAUGUCGAUGUUGUCAAAUCGACUUUCGUGGUUUUUUGAUCUUCGUGGCCCGAGCAUGACUAUUGAUACUGCAUGUUCGUCAAGUCUGGUUGCGUUGCAUCUCGCUGUACAGAGUCUGCGUAGCCGCGAAUCCAAAGUUGCUGUCGUUGGAGGUGCCAAUUUGAUAAUUCAACCAGAGCUUUCGCGAGGCUUGACUGCUCUCCAUUUCGUCAGUCCUGACGGUAAAUGUCACACUUUUGACGAAAGAGCCAAUGGUUAUGGUCGUGGUGAGGGUACCGGUGUUUUGAUAUUGAAACCUUUGUCAGAUGCUCUCAGAGACAACGACACCAUCCGAGCCAUCAUUCGAGGAUCUGGUCUAAAUCAGGAUGGCCAUACUCCAGGAAUUACAAUGCCUAGUAGAGAUGCGCAGUCAGAGCUCAUCAGGUCGACCUACGCAGCUGCUGGAUUGGAUUUUGAUCAGACUGCAUACUUCGAGGCGCACGGAACUGGGACAUCUAUCGGUGAUCCUAUUGAAUUAGCUGCAAUCAGCUCAUCUCUCACCGAAAAUCGGGAUCCUGCGAAUCCUCUGCAUGUUGGUUCGGUCAAAACAAAUUUGGGGCACCUGGAACCGUCUGCUGGUGUUGCGGGUAUUAUCAAGACAGUGCUAGCUCUAGAGAAUGGCAAAAUCCCAAAGGUAGUGGGUCUUGAAAAGCUCAAUCCUAAUCUUGACUUGGAUAACUGGCACUUGAAGCUAAACACAGAGCUUGUGGACUGGCCCGUUGCCGGCAUACGAAGAGCCAGUGUAAACUCCUUUGGCUACGGUGGUGCGAAUGCUCACGUGAUCCUGGACGAUGCUUUGCAUUUCCUUGAGCAGUACAAACUUGGAGGCAAUCACACCACCUUUCCCGAUGGGGUCUCAGAAAACGAUUCCUCUGACUCAGGAAUAUCCGUUGGCAACCCAGCUUCUGGUACCGGUACAUCCGAGUUGCAGUCAUUGCCCUCGACGCCAAAGCUCUUUGUUCUAUCCUCGCCUGAGCAAUCCGGUGUCGACAGGCUACUUGAGGUGUACUCGAAUCAUAUCGGGCGCUGGAAUUCGUGUCAAGCCGAUCGUGAAGAUGAAACCGAAAGGGCCGCUCAGGAAACAGACUACAUGGCAAAUUUUGCAUACACGUUAGCCGAGCGCCGUUCGGUUUUUGACUGGCGACGCUUUGCCAUCGCAAGUUCCAUGUCAGAGCUCUCAGAAAAGAUUAAAAAGGGUCUCCCUAAGCUACGGCGUGCUGCUCGGGCCCCAGCUUGUGCAUACGUAUUUACUGGCCAAGGCUCCCAAUAUUUCAACAUGGGCCGCGAGUUGCAAAACCAUGCAGUAUUCAGAGAAAGUGUUAAUGCUGCCGAUGAAUAUGUCAAAUCUCUCGGUGCUAGUUGGUCCGUUUUGGAAGAGCUUAAUCGGACAGAAGAGACAACUAAUAUCAACAAUGCAGAGAUCAGUCAACCUUUGUGUACUGUUCUUCAGAUUGGAAUUGUCGACCUUCUCAGUCACUGGGGUAUCACACCUAAAGCCGUCGUAGGCCACUCUUCUGGCGAGAUCGCUGCCGCCUAUGCAAGUGGCGCAUUGUCAAAGAAGGACGCAUGGAGAGUCGCAUAUUUCCGUGGCGUGUUUUCGGGAAGACUACCUACUACCCACCCUGAGCUUCAAGGAACGAUGAUGGCCGUCAGCUUGUCUGAAUCCACCGCUCAGCGCUAUGUCGAAAAGCUCAAGACGGGCAAAGCAGUAGUUGCUUGUAUCAACAGUCCAACGAGUGUGACAAUUUCUGGGGAUGCGACAGCUAUCGACGAAAUCGAAGAGAUUUUCAAACAGAAUGAUGUCUGGUGCCGAAAACUCAAAAUUAAGACUGCAUAUCAUUCACAUCACAUGGACAGCAUUGCAGACGAGUAUUUGGAUUCUAUCAAAGAUAUCGCUCCUCAAAGUAUCGAAGGGAACUCGGUCACUAUGUUUUCAUCUGUGACCACCAACGCAAUAAUUUCUGCUGAUCUUGGUGCUGCAUAUUGGGUGCAAAAUAUGCUGCAGCCCGUCCAGUUUUCUGGGGCGGUGUCUGCUCUUCUUACACCGACGGAUGCCAGAAGUAAGCGUCAGAAGAAGCCCAACGUCCAGGCAUUGGUCGAAAUUGGACCUCAUUCCGUUCUCAAAGGACCACUCAGCCAAAUCUUCACGAACGUUAGAGACGACUACAAGAUGGCCGUCAAGUACAUCUCUGUUCUCCACAGAGGCAACGAUGCCUAUCAAACAGCGCUCGAGUCCAUAGGUCAGCUCUGGGCAGAGGGCCAUGAAGUCAACUUGGCUCUCGUAAACACCAUUGAGGAGACUGCAAAUCAAGAUAAGGUUCUGACUGAUCUUCCAGCUUACCCUUGGAAUCAUGAACGAUCCCAUUGGCACGAAUCUCGCCAGAACUUGUACCGUCGCUUUCCUCCAGGGCCUCGAACCGACAUGCUGGGCUAUCCAAUGGACGGCUUUCACCCUAUGGGCAGCGAACCACGGUGGUCGAACAUCUUGAAGCCAACGGAAGUCCCCUGGGUAUUGGACCACGUUAUUGGCGGACAAAUCAUACUUCCAGCGGCCGCCAUGCUGUCUAUGGUAAUUGAAGGGUGCCAGAAAGUUCUUGAUCCUACCAAGACCGUGGAAGGAUUUGACUUCAGAGACGUCAAUUUCACUCGCGCAUUAUUGUUUCAAACGCCAGACGAGGCCAUCGAGACUGCUCUCCAAUUCCGACCUUUUUACCACGGCACCAAGACUGGAACUUAUGUUUGGACACGUUUCAGUCUUAUGUCGGUUGCUCGGGAUAACAGCAUGGUCGAACAUAGUAAUGGUUUGGUUCGAGUUAGAUACGUGGUAAAGAGUGGCGAAGUAGAGAAGGGCCUAGAACUCGCGAAGUCCCUACAAAAGUACAAGGAAAAGUACGCCGAGGUUCUUGAACAAGCUGUGCACGUGGUCGAUACUACAGUGCUCUACAGUGAUAUCAACGAUGCUGGAAUGCAAUUUGGCCCGUUGUUUAGACUGCUGUCUGAUAUGAGAGGUGGCCAAGACGUCGGCUGCGCGACAUUGACGAUCCCAGACACGGCAGCAGUCAUGCCUGAAAACUUUGAAUACCCUCUCUUGGUUCAUCCUACGGUGAUGGACGGAGUGUUCCAGAUUAUGUUCUCACGUUCUUCUUGCAGUGACGCCAAGGUGGGUAUGUCUGUCAUCGCCUCCAUUGGGUCUCUUUACGUGUCUGCCGCUCUCCCAAACGCUCCCGGGACAGCGCUGAGAGGAUAUCAAACGUCACGACAGGUCAACGCUCGUCAAGUAAUUGGAGACCUUGUGAUCUCGGAUUCAGAAUUCUCGCAACCCUUCAUCAUUGCCGAGGACGUAGUCAAUGCCAGUGUUAACUCAGAUGAUUCGAAGGCUGGACAAACCGGGACCAUGCUUUGUACUCAUAUGGAAUGGAAGGAGGACAUGGCUUUACUCAAUCAACAAGGAUUUGAAAACGUGUUGCCUGCCAAUGUUCUCGACAACGAAGAAAGUCAAAAAGACUAUGAAGUCCUCGAUCAAGCCGCCACCAUUUAUAUCAAGAGGGCUAUUGAUUCCUUAGCUUCCGCCACAACUUUGGACGAGUCAUCUCUUCUACGCAAGGAAUGGCUUUUUAGUCUUCUCACACCGGAUUGUUCUAACACCGCAUCCUCCACAGAGAUGGACGACAAGAUCCUUAUUGCUUCAUCAGAUCUUCCACAGAUCGGGGCGGCAUUGGAAGCUCUCGGAUCAAGGCUUCCCGGCAUUUUGGACGGCUCCAUAGACGCGGCACAAACAAUUCGCGAGAUAUCAGAGAUGGAACCUUUGCUCAUUGCGGAAGAGCUACUCCCUAUGGAUCGCUUCAAUGCCAUUGCUUCUGCUUGGUUUGAUUUGGCGGGCUUUAAAAAUGCCGACUUGAGGAUCUUCGAAUUCCCAAGCAGGUCCUCCAGUACAGCAGUCUCGGUUCUUCAACAAUUAUCGGGCCAGCAUGGAGCUGGCUCUCGCUAUGGAAAAUACACUCUUGCGCAAUCAGACCCAUCGUCCACGGACACAACAAAAGCCUUGGUUAAGAAGUUCCCUAACCUUGAGGUUUCAACUCUGGAUUUUCAACAGGAAUCCACUGAAAGCCCCGUGAACACUGGCAAAUACGAUGUUGUCUUGGUUCCGGAUAUCCUCUUUCCCGCAUUGGACAUUGGCUUAGUACUCCAGCAUGCGAAGAAAAUCCUCAACCCAGGCGGUAAAUUGAUCAUUGGGAUAAUUCCAAGGUCUACACUAACAGCGGAUCUUAUUCUUGGUCUCGCAGACGCUAAGGAAUGGUGGCAAGUGAAGUCUGAGUUUGCCAUCAAACAGAAACAGCUUCAAAACGAAAACUUGUCGCGCAUUCUCUUCGAAAAUGGAUUUUCUCUCCCCGAGUUGUUUUGGGAAGAGCUUUCUACUCGCCCAAGUAGUAAGAUAUCUUUGCUUGUCUCUACUCUAGGGAAACCUCUUGUAAGCAGUGCGAAGGAAGUUGUGAUUAUCAUGCCUGAGGGCGGUACACAAUUGGUCAACGCUUUGGCAAGCAAUGUCGAGAAAUCGCUUAUUUCAAAUGGGUUUAAGGUUGAGCGGGCCUUUUUAGCGUCGAAUAUCGACCCAUCGGAGAAAAUCUUCUUGUCUUUGAUGGAAGUAGAGGAUGCAGUCCUUCAAGCACCGUCAGAAGAUAGCUACGAUGGCAUCAAAACCAUCCUUCUCAAUAGUGCUGGUGUCCUCUGGGUGACGCGUGGUGGUUUCCUGGCUGGUACGCCGAAUCCCGAGCAGUCAGCUGCGAUUGGCCUAUUCAGAACGCUUCGGUCAGAAUUACCGCACUUGUCACUCUUCAACAUUGACUUGUCCCUUGAAUUGGAUAUCACGUCUGAGAUAGCUUGUUCUCUCCUCUGUUCCGUGUUCAAGGUGUCCAUGAACAGUGAUUCUGACAAGGAAGCUGUUGAUCAUGAGUACGCUGAGUCCAAUGGAACUCUAUACAUUCCCCGACUUGUCCAGGAUAGAGAAAUGAAUACAUCGCUCGACAACAGAGACAAAGCACCAUCACCCGUUAUGGAUAAACUCUUCCAGCCCCAACGACCGAUGAAAAUGCAACUUGGCGAAGUUGGUCUCCUGGAUACAUUUAGAUUUGUAGAUCGCCUAGAAUACGAGCAGCCACUUCUUCCCGACCGUGUCGAUAUCGAGAUUCUGGCUACGGGCUUGAAUUUCGUGGAUGUGAUGAUUGCACUUGGCUAUGUCCCCAGCUCAGCUCUGGGGGCUGAGUUUUCUGGACGCAUUACAGCAAUUGGUAGCGAGGUUCCCGUCGACAGAUUCCACGUCGGUCAGGUUGUUGUAGGAUCAACGGAAGAUUGUUUUGCCACGCAUGUUCGAGUCCAAUGGAAAACAAUCCAGCCGGUUCCAGCAGGCAUGUCUCCAGAGGCUGCAGCUAGUUGCGUAAUUGCCUACACAACAGCAUACUUUGCGUUGUAUGACAAUGGCAGAUUGAAGAAAGGAGACACAAUCUUGAUUCACUCGGCAGCAGGUGGUUUAGGCCAAGCAGCUGUGCAACUCGCUAUUCAUGUUGGAGCGACAGUGUACGCUACCGUUGGCUCCACAUACAAGAAGGAAUUGUUGAUGGAGCGAUAUGGCAUUCCAGAAAACCAUAUAUUUACGUCUCGGGAUACAACAUUCGCUAAGGGAGUCAUGAGAGAGACUAAAGGACGGGGAGUGGAUGUUGUACUGAACUCAACUUACGGCGAAAUGUUGAGACAAAGCUGGCUUUGCGUUGCAGACUUCGGGAUUUUUGUAGAAGUAGGGAAACGCGACAUUUUGUCGAAUAACAUGCUCGAGAUGUCGCCUUUCAUUCGAGGCUGCACAUUUUCCGCAUUCAAUCUUGCUCAGUAUACUGAAGAAUCUGAACCACAUCGACAGGAUGCCUGCGCCGCAGUAGUGCGGAAAGUGUUUGCGCUUCUCGGCAAUGGGGAUGUGAAGCCUCCCUACCCUCUCACUGUCAUGAAAAUCACACAGGCAGAGGAGGCUUUCCGCGGUUUGCAAUCGGGCAAAUUCGCCGGGAAAAUAGUUAUCACUUACGACAAGGAUUCUGUUGUCCCCGUCAUGCCCAAGAAACGAGUGGCGCUUCAAGUCAGUUCUGAGGGCACGUACUUACUUGCCGGUGGCUUGGGUGGAAUUGGGAAAACCUUGGCAGAACUCCUCGUUGAGCAUGGAGCGAAGAACAUUGCAUUUAUUUCGCGGUCCGGUGAUUCAAGCGAUGCCAGCAAAGAGUAUCUGGAGAAACUUCGUGGAAAGAAUGUCCAGGCUAAAGCAUACGCUUGCGAUAUCACAAAACGCGAAGAUUUAGAUAUCACCUUACGCGAACUUUCCGCUGAAAUGCCUGAGGUCAAGGGCUUUGUACAUUGCGCUAUGCAUCUGAAGGAUUCAGUCUUUGAGAGUAUGACUCAUGAGAAUUGGAUCUCAGCCUCCGCACCGAAAAUUCAAGGAAGUUGGAACAUGCACGAGCUCCUUCCUGAGAGCAUGGACUUCUUCGUCAUGCUUUCCUCAACAUCUGGUAUUAUUGGAAACCCAGGACAGGCUAACUAUGCUGCCGGCAACACAUUCCAGAAUGCACUUGCACAUCACCGACGAAAUAAGGGAAUGAAUGCUACUUCCAUCGAUCUCAGCGCUGUCACUGGCAUCGGAUAUCUGGCAGAGAAUGCUGAAAAUUAUGAUCAGCGUAAUCCUAUCAUGAAGAUGCAAAUCAAUGAGAAAGAAAUUCACCAUAUUUUUCUCGCAGCCAUUGCUGGAGAGGCUAAUGAGAGUCCUGUGCCUCCACAGUUGACUACUGGAAUCAUAGGUGGUGAGGUUCUCAGAUCUAUUAUGGAGUCAGCAGCGUGGGCGCGGGACAGCAAGUUUAUGUUGCUUCGAAAGGCAGAUGGGCAUUCUGCCGGCUCAGGUGGUUCAGAAGACCCUACUCGCGAAGCAUUCAUUGAAGCACAGUCGUUGGCGGAAGCUUCUGGUGUGGUUGAGACAGCAUUGGUGGCUCGUCUUGCAAAAGUACUUUUUGUUUCACCCGAGGAUAUCAAUAUUGAACAGCCUCUCUACGCGUAUGGAGUUGAUUCCCUCAUUGCCGUCGAGAUCCGCAAUUGGAUUCUAAAAGAACUCAAAUCGGAAAUCUCAAUUUUCGACAUCCUCUCCCCUAUGCCAAUCCACAUACUUUCAACGAAGAUAAGCGAAGGGAGCAAAUUCCUAGCAGCACACCUUAGACUUCAGAUUGUUGAAAAGAAACCUGAUGAGGAGAUUAUGGCAAACGAUGAAGAGGAAAAAGUCGCACUAGUUGAUGACAUUGUCGCUAGUAACGAGGCUGUCAAGAUCCAAGGCGUGUUAUCUAAAACGGAGAUUGACGUCCUGCCGAUGACUAGUGUAGAACGGGAUCUGGACACUCCAUCUACCGGUCUAGUGAUAAAGUCUCCAGUCGAUAGACUCGAAAGCAUUGUUUCUAUUAGAGAGAUCAUCUAA